GUCUAAACAUCUGUCCGAAUUUCAAAGCGAAAGUAAGGAAACAAGAUAAAUUUCCUGCUGUAAAUACACUGAAUCCUGAGAAUAUCUCACCACAGAAUGCCAACAAAAGGACAAAGAAAACAUGCGAAAGUGGAGGAUAAAGCUGUCACUCUCUUUAGAGAAUAUUUGAGGAUCAAAACUGUCCACCCUGAGCCUGAUUAUGAUGGAGCGAUUGCAUUUCUUGAAAAGAUGGCGAAAGACAUUGGGCUACCAAGUAAAGUAGUAGAGGUCCAUGAAGGAAGAAAGAUUCUGAUAAUGACAUUGGUGGGAAAGGAGCCUGGAUUGCCAACCAUCUUAUUGAACUCUCACACAGACGUGGUGCCAGUCUACCCAAAAGAGUGGAAGGUUGAGCCCUUUAGUGCAGAUAAGAUGCCAAAUGGUGACAUCUAUGCAAGGGGGACACAGGACAUGAAAUGUGUAGGCAUUCAGUAUUUGGAAGCAAUCCGGAAACUUAAAGCUAAGGGAUUGUCUUUCAAAAGGACCAUACAUCUCACGUUUGUCCCAGAUGAGGAGAUUGGUGGAAUACUCGGAAUGAAGUUGUUUAUCAAGCAUGAAGAGUUCAAGAAACUCAAUAUUGGCUUCGCCCUCGAUGAAGGACUUGCAAACCCAACUGAUGCGUUUACUGUCUUCUAUGGCGAGAGAUCUCCUUGGUGGGUUAUGGUUCGCUGUCGUGGCAACCCUGGCCAUGGGUCAAGAUUCAUUGAAAAUACAGCUGCUGAGAAACUGAGAAAGGUCAUAAACAGCUUCCUAGAUUAUCGAGGAAUGGAAGAGAAAAAACUGAAGAGUACUGGGUGCCUUACACUCGGUGAUGUUACUACAGUCAACCUUACCCUGUUGGAGGGUGGAGUGCAGUUCAAUGUUGUGCCUAAUGAACUUUCUGUUGGGUUCGACAUAAGAAUCACGCCGACACAAAAUCUGAAAGAGUUUGAAAAGAAGAUUAAGACAUGGUGUAAGGAGGCAGGAACUGACGUCACGUACACUUUCGCACAGAAAAACAUGGAUCAGACGUUAACGAGCACUGAAGACUCGGACCAGUGGUGGAAGGCCUUCCAUAAAGCUUGUUCAGAUAUGGGAAUGAAGUUGGAAAAGGAGAUCUUUCCAGCGGCUACAGACAGUCGCUUUCUUCGGGAGGCUGGCUAUCCCGCAAUCGGAUUUUCGCCGAUGAAUAACACACCGAUUCUCUUGCACGACCACAACGAGUUUUUGAACGAGGAUGUGUUCAUGAAAGGCAUCGAUAUUUACUGCGGGAUCAUUCCUGCUAUGGCAAAUGCUUAGCUUGUCCGCUGAAACUAUGUGACACAGUAAUCUUGAUCAGUUUGAACAAUAUUCGGCCACGGACUUGAGUAAUGGUGUGAUAACACUAUUUAUAAGUUAGUUGUUUGAUAAACUGAGUUGUUUGAUAAACGGAUUGUUCCUCUCCACUAUCCCAGCAAGCUAUGUACCAGUGUGUGUAUACCACGUGAUAAAUUGCGUCAUAAAUGUUACGUCGGAAGGCAAUAUUUUUCUUCGGAUGAAGACUUUAAACAAAGAUAACUUCACUAUUUCUUUACCAUUUUAGAUGAAACAUAGCGCAGUCUAUGCCACUUAUGGUGCCCCGUCUUGGGUCUUUUAACAGAGUUUGAUUGAGAGUUUAGUUUCUUAAAACACUUCGACAAACCUUUUCACAAUACGGCCGUCUGACAUAGCACUGUCAAAACAUUAUUUUGGAAACAGGUUUGUCGAAGUGUUUGAUGAAACCAAUCACCAUAUCAAACUUCUGUAAUAACAGGAAGGCUGGGCUCUUAAAGCGGCAUAGACUGCCCUUUGUUUUAUUUAAAAUGGUGUAGUAAAAGAAAAGUUAUCUUUGAUUUAAGUCUUUAUUUUAAGCAAAAUGUUGCCUUCUGACGUAGCAUAUAUGACGUAAUUCGUGGUAUACACACACUGUGUACGUUUUAUGUACCGAAUCACAUUUUCAUUAAUACAAGUACUAGUGUUCAUGCAUCAGGAAAAGGAACUUUUUCUGGCUUAUACAUCUCAAUAAACUGAUACUCACGUCUAUGUAUGCAAGUAUAUGUGACUCAUUCUGCUAUCACAUUAUCGUCAAUCAGAAAUUCGUAAAACUGUGUGUAUUUUUUAAUAUGAUUGUUUUUAGACUAUCAACGAAUAAUAGAGGCCAAACUCUCUCAAAAACAUCAGAUUGAAAGCAUCAGAUCCACAUGUCUAAGCUUAAAGUAUCAGAUUCACAGGCCUAUACUUGAAAGCAUCAGAUUAACAUCCUAUGCUUGAAGCAUCAGAUUCACAGGCCUAUACUUGAAAGCAUCAGAUUAACACCCUAUGCUUAAAGUAUCAGAUUCACAGGCCUAUACUUGAAAGCAUCAGAUUAACACCCUAUGCUUGAAGCAUCAGAUUCACAGGCCUAUACUUGAAAGCAUCAGAUUAACACCCUAUGCUUGAAGCAUCAGAUUCACAGGCCUAUGAUUGAAGCAUCAGAUUAACACGCUAUGCUUGAAGCAUCAGAUUCACAGGCCUAUGAUUGAAGCAUCAGAUUAACACGCUAUGCUUGAAGCAUCAGAUUCACAGGCCUAUGAUUGAAGCAUCAGAUUAACAUCCUAUGCUUGAAGCAUCAGAUUCACAGGCCUAUGAUUGAAACAUCAGAUUAACACCCUAUGCUUGAAGCAUCAGAUUCACAGGCCUAUACUUGAAAGCAUCAGAUUAACACCCUAUGCUUGAAGCAUCAGAUUCACAGGCCUAUACUUGAAAGCAUCAGAUUAACACCCUAUGCUUGAAGCAUCAGAUUCACAGGCCUAUACUUGAAAGCAUCAGAUGAACACCCUAUGCUUAAAGUAUCAGAUUCACAGGCCUAUACUUGAAAGCAUCAGAUUAACACCCUAUGCUUGAAGCAUCAGAUUCACAGGCCUAUACUUGAAAGCAUCAGAUUAACACCCUAUGCUUGAAGCAUCAGAUUCACAGGCCUAUGAUUGAAGCAUCAGAUUAACACGCUAUGCUUGAAGCAUCAGAUUCACAGGCCUAUGAUUGAAACAUCAGAUUAACACCCUAUGCUUGAAGCAUCAGAUUCACAGGCCUAUUCUUGAAAGCAUCAGAUUAACACCCUAUGCUUGAAGCAUCAGAUUCACAGGCCUAUACUUGAAAGCAUCAGAUUAACACCCUAUGCUUGAAGCAUCAGAUUCACAGGCCUAUGAUUGAAGCAUCAGAUUAACACGCUAUGCUUGAAGUAUCAGAUUCACAGGCCUAUACUUGAAAGCAUCAGAUUAACACCCUAUGCUUGAAGCAUCAGAUUAACACCCUAUGCUUGAAGUAUCAGAUUCACAGGCCUAUACUUGAAAGCAUCAGAUUAACACCCUAUGCUUGAAGCAUCAGAUUCACAGGCCUAUGAUUGAAGCAUCAGAUUAACACGCUAUGCUUGAAGCAUCAGAUUCACAGGCCUAUGAUUGAAGCAUCAGAUUAACACGCUAUGCUUGAAGCAUCAGAUUCACAGGCCUAUGAUUGAAACAUCAGAUUCACACGCUAUGCUUGAAGUAUCAGAUUCACAGGCCUAUACUUGAAAGCAUCAGAUUAACACCCUAUGCUUGAAGCAUCAGAUUCACAGGCCUAUGAUUGAAGCAUCAGAUUAACACCCUAUGCUUGAAGCAUCAGAUUCACAGGCCUAUGAUUGAAGCAUCAGAUUAACACCCUAUGCUUGAAGUAUCAGAUUCACACGCAUUUGCUUCAAAGCAACAGAUUCACAGGCCUAUGCUUGAAAGGAAUGAUGCAGAUUCAUUGAGUAUUAAUCCUGUCAACAUAAAGGCAUAGUUUGUUUUUUAUGUAAUGGAAUGAGUUAUUUCGCCACGAAAAAAUCUCUAUCACAAAAUAAUAAACAGUUUUAUAAUUAUGCGAUGCGAAUUAUCACAAAAUGUUUUGGUUGGACUUGAAACUCAUAUGUGUGUUCAUUGCUUUGGGUUUAAUUCCAUAUACGUUUAUUUUGUCUAACAAUGUGCAAUAUAACAACUGAAAUGAAAUAUUUUGAUUAUAUAUCUAACAGCGUAAAAAAUAAUUCCAAAAAAAGAGAAAAAAACUCAUUUUAUUUGUUUUACACAUUGCCACGUGUUCGUUAAUUAUAUCUCCAUAAAGCAAAACUGUAUGCCUAUUUUUAAGCAGAUAAUGCUUUAUUUCGAAUAAUAAAAAUUAAAAGUU